AUGUUCGUCGAAGAAGCAAACACGGACACAGCGGAGCAAGAUGAUGUGGUUUCCAACAUCAAAACGAAUCUAACUUGUCAAAGUUGCGACAAACUGUUCUUGGAUCCGCGAAUACUACCUUGCCUGCAUACAUUCUGUUGCCAGUGUAUUGAAUCCCUUGUGCGAAACCGACCUAUGCAGGACAAAAUACUCAAAUGUCCGACUUGUCAACUGGAAACGGGACUGGAUAGUCGCUCCGCCGUGAGGAAACUUCCCGCGAAUUCUCUUCUUGUUUCACUUCUUGAUUUGCUGCUUAUUCAACAAGGUGAAGCUAUUGGGUGCGACAUCUGCGACGAUAGCGAGGAGGCAUCAGCGCAUGUCCGUUGUAAAGAAUGUUCGGUUUAUCUGUGCAAGCUCCACGAGGAGGCUCACAAGAGAGCAAGGGAUACAAAACAACAUGUGCUUCUCUCUUUGGGUAAGUUAAAGUUUUCCCUCUCAACUAAAAUGACAAUUUGACUAUUUUGGCAAAAUUACAUGUAGUAAUAAAAUCAGAACUAUACAGGCAAAACACAGAAACAAAAUCUGGAAUCCGAUCCUGUUUUAAACGAACUGCACUUUAUUAAAUACUUUUGACAAGGAACAAAAUUCAACUCGUGAAGAACGUUUCACAACAACUAUGCCUAGGCCCCAGUCCUGAUUAUUCCACGCGGUCUAUUCGUUUUAAGCACGUGGUCCGAACGAUCGUUUCGUAUUCUUCGAUUUGAGGGUCUUGAUGAAAAACCCCGUAUAGGAACUACAUGUAAUUAUAGAUAGAGGUAAAGUACAAUUAUGACGCUGUGGGGAGGGGUUGGGGGUGGUGGGACGUAGAAACCCCCGAGGGGGCACUGCAACGUCUUUUCUGGGACAGUCAAAAUUCACCAGCGAGAAUUAAACCGAAAGCUCAAGGAUCCGAGACUGUUGACAAUCCGCACUAUCUAGUGUGGCACGUGUCUUGAUCAACUACUAUUUAUUCAACAGAUCACUUGAAAAGCAUGUCUCUCAGAGAACUUAACCGCCCGACUUACUGCUCAGCCCACACGGAUGAGAAACUAGCUCUAUUUUGCGACACCUGCAAUGUGAGUAUCUGCCGUAACUGCGCCCUUGGCGAUCAUAACCGACACGACACACAGUUCCUUGAGGACGCCUACUCCAAACUUCGACCACGACUUUCAGAGUUGCUGGAUCAAACAAAGAGUGUUUGCAUCAAGGUGGAAAAUGCUAUUCCCAUGUUGGAUUGGAUGUUAGCACGAGUCAACUUGAAGGCUGAUGGUGUCUUGAGAGAUAUUGAAGAGAGCAUCAGUGCGAAGAUUAAAGCUUUAGAACAACGUAGAAAGGAGCUACGAUCCACGGUGGAACUGAUCAGGAUAAAUAGAAAAACUAUUUUGGAAAUGCAGAAGAAAAAACUAGAGGCAUCCCGGGAUACAUUGCGCGUGUCAUGUCACUUUGUCAAGAGAGUUCUAGAGGAUGGUAAUACUGAGACACACUUUACAAUUUUUCCCAAGGACACUCAAGCGCACAUCGAAGUCCCUCUCAACGUGUGCCUUUGGUAGUGGAAUGUUUUUUUUGAGUUGAGAAUAAACUGAGCCCUCUUUAAGUUAACAAGCAUUGCUAUUUCAUCCAGACUCAAGAGCUCUCCUCCGCAGAGGCUCCCGAUGGGUAUACCAAAAAAAAAAAACUAGCAGGCGCGUAGUGGAUGGUUGGAAAAGAGAAAAGGCGGAUUCCUGCCGUUCUCUAUUCCCCUUCCUAUCUUCCUCUGGGUGCCUGAUUUUUCCGACCUCUCCCAGCCUACCUACGCGCGCUACCACGUACACAAAUACUGUUUCUGCAGAAGAAAGCCAAGAGGGCAUUUUAAUUACAUCUGAAUCUCAAGAAGAAACUAACUUGAAGAAUAACUCUGCCCGAGAUCACUUUUUAUUGAUAGUUCGCUUUACGUUUUAAUUGUAAACUGAUGAAAUUGAUUUUCCUCAAUAUCUUCUAAUGCUCAACCGAGUUUCUCUUGAUUUAUUCCUCCCGAUCAGGUGAUUCAAUUUAUCUCCUGUCUGCAAAAGAUCUCAUGUCUGACAGACUAAAAUCUCUUGCCACUCAACAUUACGAGCUGCAACCCCGAGAAGACCAUGCGAUGAGGUUCCAUGCCGAUGGCCAGACACUACAUAACAUAAUAGACUCGUUUGGUUCCAUAGAAGCAUCAUAUGCUCAUUAUGCUACCUCUUCAGCAGAAGGGCGUGGCCUUCAAGAAGCGGUUGUCAACCAAUUGGCUCAUUUUACGGUUGUAACCAGGUCUGUAAAGAUACAUCCUUUUCUUGCCCAUUGAUCAUUGGCGAAGUUAAGCAAAAUUCUCAGUACCGACCGGUUCUGACGCCGAGAAAUUCUGAAGAAAAGCGAUUAAUGUUGAAUGUGUUAAUCACGUGAUCCCAGUAGUUCAAAAAGUGGAUAACACUAGCCACUGGUUAAAUUUUGCAAAUAGAAUUCCUCUAUUAAUCAGGACUGCACAGCCACAUCAGUCUAAGACCUAAAUAAUAUGCACAGCAGAAAUGAGUUUUAGCGAAAGUUCAAAGUGACUUUUGAAAAGCGCCUUUAUAUUCUUGUGAGGAUGAAAUUUUGGCUCAAAAAUGAUAUUGAUGCAAACAUUUUUUUUCAGGGACAGAAAAGGAAAGCCAAUCGCAUGUGAAAAUGGUGACGUCAAUAUUCAGAUUCAAGCUCCGGAUGACACCAUCAUCGUUGGUGAUGUGAUCGCACAGAAUGCUGGGAGACACAGCGUCACUUACAGUCCUUCGUUACCAGGCCUCCAUCUCAUUCAAGUCACCAUCCGAGGAUUUCCAGUAAACGAAAGCCCUUUUGCUGUACACGUGCCUUGCGAAGCACGUGAGUAUAAAGACAUAAGGGAACCGACCUUGGUGAUAGGAAGGCCUGGGGAAAAACCCGGGCAGUUAAAAGGAGCAAGGGGAAUCGCUGUGGAUAAAGAGAACAGGAUAAUCGUAUGCGACAGGAACAAUUUUCGCGUUCAAGUGUUUGAUUCUUCUGGCGUGUUUCUGUUUAGUUUUGGAAAGAAAGGUGACGGAAAAGGUGAAUUCCAGGGUGGUCCUCUGAGUGUCGCAGUGAACAAAGAUGGAAAGAUUUACGUGUGUGAUUCGAGCCGAUCGUCAGUACUGAUGUUCGACUCUAAAGGAGAGUAUCUAGGAGUGUUGAAACCUCCCGAGGGAGUUUCACAGCCCGCUGGAAGGCCCAACCAUGUUGUUGUUGAUGAGGAAGGGCGUGUCUACUUUGAUGAUUGCGAGAACCGAGUCAUCUACGUCUUCAGUGGCUCCGCAGAAUAUUUGUCACAUUUCAAAGUUGGCACUUUGGACGAUGACGAUGGUCUUCAACGAAAAAUCUCCGGUAUUGCUGUAAACAGCAAAGGUAAGUAAAAGAACUUGAUAAGCAUACCUUUUUUCCGGGUACCUGUUCUCAGUUACGUACCUUGCGACCGGAGCCAAGGAGGCUCUUCCUGACCCCGAACUUCUGGACUAGUCAAUCCUGUUUUCUCUCGUCAAACUCGGUUUCCUUGUUCGAGAAUCCGUUUAUUGAUAAACCGAUGGUCAUAACUGGAAGGGCAAUGUCGAGGACGCGCGUGCAAAAGGAGAGAAAAGAAUUGGAUGAGAGGAUUUGAUCUUUGGUGAUCAUUGUAUUAAUUCUCAUAACUUUGUCUCUUGAUAAUGUAUUGGAGUUGAUUUGAGAAAAUUGAUGUUAGUCACUCUUGGGUCUGACAGUUCGUGGGACACUGAACUAACAGGUCGGAUAAGAUGGAAAUGAUUUCUUGUACUGCAAUGCUGCUAAUGAAAACUUAUUAUCCAAGUAUCCAUAAGUAAAAUUCACUUAUUAGAAGCUUUCUUUUGUUAUUAGGCGAGAUCGUGGUUUCAAUGGCCGAAGAUGCCGGAUUUAAAGUGUUUGAAAGGGACGGCAGCAUGGUUCGAAACAUCGCACUCCCCUUUACGGAGCUUAACUUGCUCACCCCGGAAGCCAUUGCUGUUGAUAACAAUGACAACAUUCUGUUGGUUGACAGUAUGAAGAACAGUCUACUAGUCUUCUCAGCUGAAGAUGGUCACCUCAUUGCGGAAUGCACAAGGGGGGGUUUAUGUAAUCCAUGUGGAGUUGCAGUAGAUUUAAUGGGUAGAAUUCUUAUAGCUGAUGAUUCAAAUCAGAUAAAAGUUUUUUAG